CGCCGUGGAGUCGGCGUCCCCAUGGCGGGCCUGUGCAGCCAGAUCCUGCGUUGGCAAGGCCUGGUUCAUCCAGCCUACCUCCGUGUUGCUAAGGCCUUUCACCUGCAUAUUAGGCAGAAAAUGAUAACUUCUACUUCUUUAUUACAUAAUGGCCACAGUUUAGCCACAGCUUCAUCCACAGGGACGAGUGACGGUUUAUCCUUGAUUAAUUUCAACCAGAAUAAGGAACCGGAAUCAAACGAGGACAUGCUGCAGGACUUUCUUGCCAGUUUGCAAAACCAAAAUGAUGAAAGAACCGCGGAGCUGGAGAGGGCGAUUAAGUCAUUCUUCGACAUGGGAUUCAAUAACACGCAGAUAAUGGAGCUGUUCAGUUUUAAACCGAAGCUCAAAGCUCAGCAGAGGUUGGAGAUAAUUUCAGAAUUAGUGCUCUUCGGUUUGGACCCUGGUCCUGUGUGUAAAAUCUUGAAGAACAGCCCCGGAAUACUGGGCAUGACAGUAAAGCAACUGAAGAAUCAGGCAGGUUACCUACGAAGGCUUGGACUUGAAGCAGGACAUCUGCGGCAUGUGGUUAACUGCUGCCCUGAUAUCUUUGUCCUGAAACAGCAGCAAAUCGAAGCCAUCGUUUGUGUUUUGAAGAAAAAGUGUCUUUUUACAGUUGAGCAAGUGACAGAAAUUUUGCACACCUGUCCCAGAGUUCUACACGAAGACCCCAACAAUCUGGAGUACAAAUUCCAGUACGCCUAUUUCAGGAUGGGAAUUCAGCAGCCUGAUAUUGUGAGGACCAAAUUAUUGCAGUACCCAAUAACCAAGAUCAAGCAGAGGCAUAUCUUCUUAGAGCGACUGGGUCUUUACCAAACUCCCGAUAAGAAAAGGCAGACCCAGAUCUGUAACCCUAAGGUGAUGGCAAUCUUGAAGGUCUCAGAAGCCGAGUUCCUGACAAAGACAGCUCGUUCCUCCUCUGAGGAGUUUGAAAUCUUUAAGAAGCUCCUGGCCCGGGAGGAGGAAGAGGAGUGUGAGGAUUCAGCAUCUGAAGAGGAAGAUUCAGAUUUGGAAGAUGAAGAAGAAUCUUUUGACUGAAUAGACUUGGAAAACUGAAGGUGGGAAAGCUGGGGAAGAGUGUUCAAACUUUAUGGUUGUGAGCAGGGAGUGUGUCUACCGACUCUGUUCUCAAGUGCUUAGUUUAGUGCUCUGUAAACACUAGGCACUCAAUAAAUGCCAGUGAUGAUGAUGAUUGAAAACUUGUGGAAGUCCGUCAAUGAGAUCUUAAAACUUUUAAUUUUUAUAUGAAGCUACUCCCUGGAACAAUCAGGAAGAUACCAAAUUGAGCGAAGAACACUAAAUGGGACAUUAGAGUUAGUCUAGUCUUUUUAUUCAAUCAAUAUUUAGAACAAAUUCAUAGCCAGGAAUGGACACGACCAGGAGUGGGACUAAUUUUUCAGAUUCAGAUAUUAAUUUCCUACAUUAGUCGGUCAAAAACACUCCACAACUUUAUUUCCUUUUUUAACCCUUUUAAUUGUGAUGAUAUGCUAAUGUUGUUACAUUAAUGCUACAGAGAAGAGCUGUGGUUCUUAUUGGAAAUAAAUAAAUUUGCUAUAAUUUGGUUAUCUUUUGGCAAAGGAA